UUGCACUGCAGAAAUGACUGAAUAUAAUUUCACAUUUUUCAAACUUUUGGAAAAUCAAAUCAUAAAAAAUGGAGUAUGCAAAGUUAUUAUUAGUGAAUCGGACCAAAGAAAAGAUACGCCAGUUCAAUUACUGAAAAAGUUUAAACAAUUGGAAUGUGCCUUGGUAAAGGACUUGCCAGGCUGUCUCGCAAAAUGGUGUCUCUUUGUAACAGCUGCAAGUAGCGUACGUCAUGAAGAAAUGAUCCCAUUUCAUCUGCCAGACUUCAUUGGUAGUAUUAACUGUUUACAAGAACUUAUCAAUGAAACCCCCCACCUUCAUGUGUUAUGUAUAAAUGCACUACAAAAAAACUAUUUAUAUUGUGAUAGAUGCAUUAUUUUACUUCUACAUUGGAUUUUAGUGGAUUUUAACACACCUGCAUUGAGAGAAUUGCAAAUAGAAGAAUUGGGGAAGUUAAUGGAAAAAAUACAACAAAGGAAUAAUGAUAGGUUUCCCAUAAAGGCUUUUAAGGUAAACUACUCAUCUGGUUGUGAAGAAGAAAAAACAUUUAAAAUCAUAAGCUCUAACCACGAUACAAGGUAUGCCUUUCUUGGUUGUAAAUCAGACCAUUUCUGUAGAAUUCUACGUGAUGGGUUUAAAUCCUGCGAAUGGAAUGAGUUGAACAAUAAAAAAAUAAAUUUAAUUUGUAAAUUGUCAACAAUUCUUCGCUUAAUGCCACAAACACCAUAUUUUGGAAAUUCUUGUUGUUGUCAUGCCCUUAAAAUAGUGGCUUUAUGUGAAUUUGUCAAUAGAGCUGAAUACCUUAAAAGCUAUUCUGAUGAGAAAUUAAAUUCUGUGCAAAUAACUAUUGAUCAACCGGAUUUCGUUAGGGUUCGAUAUAUCUUAUUUUUCAGCGAACCGGCGGCACCAAUAUCGUUUAUGGAGUCCUUUAAACAAAAGAUGUUAAUGGAUAGUUUUGGUGUACCGAACUGGGUGAACGUACUCUUAUUCACCGCAAUAACUUAUAGUCUUGGAAAUAGUGUAAAAUCUGUGUGUAUGAAAGCAGUACGUUUAUUAGGAAAUUCAUUGUUCUAUGGAUUGUAA